GAUAUUUCUAUGAAACUAGUUAUGAAAGGAACAAAUUCUCAAGAUCCAAAAUGAUGUUUGAAAUCCUUUUCGAUUAUUUUUCUGGUUACCCAAUUUCGCCCCACCUUCCCCUACAUCUUAUGCAUCGUUCAACACGCGGUUAUUUCUUGUUUUGAAAAAAUUACCCCUGAUUCUUUGGAACAUCAGGCAAUUUAAUUCUAAUUUUGAAACUAACUUCUCUCAACUGUAAUACAGCGUGAAAAGUAAUUACAGUUAUAACAGCGCGAAUGGUUACGUGAUUAUUUUGUUGUUCGACUCGGAUGCGCUAUAACAUCAGCCUCAAGCGACGAAACCAGUUUUAAUUUUUUUGCUGAUCAUCCUCUGAGCGUACAGAUAGAGCUGGUAUAUAAGACUGAGUUGUAGCAUUGAAAUUGUAUAUUCGACAAUUUGCGCACUCAUCACUUGGCCUUCACGACGUCUAUACCGGAUAAUAUAAGGCCGACAGCUUCGGGAAUCUUUGAAUUGCAAGAUUACCUCAGUACAACUCGGACAUGCCAACCGGUGUCUUCCUUUUCUUCACAGCGUUAUUGGCCAUCAGUUUCGCAUAUCCUGAGGGAACGACUGGAGAAACUGCAUCCGAAAGACUGCCCGUUAGUGAGGGGAGUCCUGCUGCAGAGAACAUGACCUCGUUGCGGGAUGAAGUAAACCUGUUGAAACAUUGGGAAGGAAAAGUAGUGGUCGUCACUGGAGCUUCUUCAGGAAUCGGUGCCGCGGUUUCGAAAAAUCUCGUCAAGUCAGGACUGACGGUCGUAGGACUAGCCAGAACGAAAGCGAAAUUGGAGGCAAUCGAAAAGAGUUUGGUGGGCGCUAAGGGAAAAUUCUACCCAUUGGAGGCCGACGUAUCGAAUGAAGUAGACGUUAAAAAUGCCUUUGGGUGGAUAAAGACUAAUUUGGGAAACGUUGACGCUUUAGUAAAUAACGCCGGAGGUGCUGUUAUGGGAAACAUUAUUGACCUGGAUGGCAGUGACUACAAAACCGCGUUCGAUACAAACGUACUGGGAUUGCUUUACUGUACAAAGGAAGCUUUCAAAAUCAUGAAGGAGAAAAAAACCGAAGGAACAAUCAUCAACAUAAAUAGUGUUCUGGGUCAUCGUACCCAUAAUAUUCCGGGUCUUGAGCUGAACGUUUACCCUGCGACUAAAUUCGCUGUGACAGCAAUCACUGAAACUCUUCAGUACGAGAUGGCUAAUGCUGGCUUAAAUAUUAGAAUAACGAGUGUGAGUCCAGGUGCAGUGACAACUCAUUUCUUACGACCUACAGGACCCGAUGGGGCUGUUGACAAAAGCUAUCCAUCUUUGCAAGCAGAAAGUAUCGCGGAUGCAAUUGCUUACGUUCUAUCGGUACCGCAAAGUGUGCAAAUUUCCGAGCUGACCAUUAAACCACUCGGACAAAAAGUAUAGAGUAAAAUAAUUAUCGGUAUCAAAUUGCAACUUAAUUUGCUGAUUUACCGAGAAAAUAUCCACAUCACGAUGACGAGAACAAGUUCAAAUAAAAGCCAAAAUUUAUUGAAAAAAA